AGGUACCGUACGAGGCAUGUGUUACUUUACUCAUGACCUUGUCCCGAUAGUUGAGGGAAUCCAAAUCCUCGGCUCGGCACAAAACAGACGGGAUGGCGAGCGGCACACGUGACUCUAGCUAGCACCUGAUUGCCGAAUUUUAGCGCACAGCGCUUAGUCAUUCGCACACAACACAUUUCCCAAAUUCUUGCCGGAAAUUUCUUGAGAGAAUCAACGACACCGACGACAACCAACGUUCACCAGCACCCACCGCCAAGAUGACCAAGAUCAACUCCUCUCUCCACUCCUCGCGGAGAAAGUCCCGCAAGGCUCACUUCAGCGCUCCCUCCAGCGUGAGACGCACUAUCAUGAGCGCACCCUUGAGCAAGGAGCUCCGUGAGAAAUACAACGUCCGCUCCAUCCCCAUCCGAAAGGACGACGAGGUUACCAUCGUCCGGGGCUCCAACAAGGGCCGUGAGGGCAAGGUCACCUCCGUCUACCGUCUCAAGUACGUUAUCCACGUUGAGCGUGUCGUCAAGGAGAAGUCAUCUGGUCAAUCAGUCCCCGUCGGUGUCCACCCCUCCAAGGUCGUCAUCACCAAGUUGAAGCUGGACAAGGAUCGUGAGAACAUUCUGGAGCGCAUCAAGGCUGGUCGCGAGAUCAAGGCUAAGAAGAACUAA